AGGAGAUUCCCCCACCCCACUUCUCUACCCCUCCUAUUCUUUGCAUUGUUGUUUGUUGCAUUGUUUGAAUUCAAACAAAAAAGUAAUAAAAUCUAAUAAUUACGGCCUUUCUUCUAUGAAAAACAUGCCGGUGGAACUCAACAGCUUAACUGAAGGCUGGUUGGAACUUGAAAGUGAUCCUGGUUUGUUUACUUUGCUACUGGAAGACUUCGGUGUGAAGGGAGUGCAGGUGGAAGAAAUAUAUGAUCUGCACAAGCCACUGGAGAGUCCGGUGUACGGGUUCAUCUUCCUGUUCCGCUGGAUCGAGGAGCGGCGCUCGCGGCGCAAGUUCGUGGAGCAGAUCGAGAGCUUCGUCCGCGAUGAGGAGACCAUCAACAACAUAUUCUUCGCCCAACAAAUGGUGCCGAACAGUUGCGCGACGCACGCUCUUCUUUCAAUCUUAUUAAACUGCCCCAAUUUGCAUUUAGGCGAAACGCUGAGCAGGCUAAAGCAUCAUACACUUGGAAUGAAUCCAGAGAACAAAGGAUGGGCAAUAGGAAAUACGCCGGAGCUUGCAUGUGCACACAAUUCUCAUGCUAUCCCACAAGCCAGGAAGAAGACUGAUAAAAAUGCUGGAGUAUCCACAGGCCGUUUCACAGGAGAAGCAUAUCACUUUGUAAGUUUUGUACCAAUAAACGGUCACUUAUUUGAGUUGGAUGGGUUGAAGCCAUUUCCCACAGACCAUGGUCCGUGGGCGGUGGAUGAGGACUGGACGGAGAAGUUCAGACGGGUAAUGUCCGAGAGACUUGGCCGAGAUGCUGGUGAACAAGUACAUGACAUCAGAUUCAAUCUAAUGGCAGUUGUACCUGAUAGAAGAAUUGCAUUCACAAAAACCCUGGGAUCUCUAGAGCUAAAUCAGAAAAGAGUGAAGGAAGCAUUAUCCAAAAUAAGCAAACAUUUCAGACAUAUUCAUUCAAAGGGAAUUCAAUAUAAUGAGCAAGGUGAACUGAUAUCCACACAUGGAGAGGAGUCAAUGAUUGAGGACAUGGAUGAGCAGAUCAGUGAAGACACCAUCAUCUCGGCGCUGGAAGCCUCGGAGGUGCACACAUUUGAAGUGGACUUCACUGUACCUAUGGCCAUUGAGAUUGGCACCACGGAUCAAGAGCAACAAGACAGUAGGAUUGUUCUUGUAAGUCCAGUCGACCAAGGAGCUACAGUAAAAUUUGUCACAAUAGACAGAGACAGCCAAAUACUCGAAAACAUUUAUCCAACCUCAACAACAGCUCUCAUAAGAAGUAAUGAUUCCCCUAUUCUAGUCUACAGAGAAAUAACUGAAGAUCAGCCUAUGAAACUUUCAAAGCUGUUUUUCACUCAGGCAGAGCUCAACGCACUGCUGAGCAAAGUCAACAAGGAAAUACAAUCGUGUCAGCAGGCUCUCAAUGAUGAAAACGAUAAAAGAGAUAUGUAUAAGGUGGACGAUUGCCGGCGCACGCACAACUACGACGAGUUCAUCUGCGCGUUCCUCUCGAUGUUAGCCGAGCGAGGGGCGCUGGGCGAGCUGGUGGGCGCGCAGCUGGACCGCGGCCGCAGCGCCCGCGUGCGCCGCCGCCGCCCGCGCCCGCGCCCCCGGGCUAGGGUGCGGCCAAGGAAGUGAACUGUCGAUGUGGAGUGAGGAUUAUUAUGAUUGCUUUAAAAGUCUUUGUAUGUUAAUAAUGGAACAUUAUCCCAUGCGAUUAUGUUCAGUUACUGAGCAAAUAUUCACUACGUUUUUUAUCAGUUACAAACGCUGGUCGUUAUGAUAUGGUCGACUAUUACUAUUUAUACAAGAACAUGUAUUUGUCAUAUUACUUUAUGUGAAAAUAGGGUAGGAAAAUCUUCCUAGCAACUUAACUCAUACGGAAAAUUGACUGUUUAAUUUAUUUACAUAUCCCUGAUACUAUAAAGUAUUUUACUUUAAUUUUAUUUAAGUAUAUAAGUAUUGUUUCGUAGAUUAUUAAAAAAAUACUGAUAUAAACUAA